CUUAACUCGAGGAACCAAACCCAACCAACAAUACUGUACAUACUAUAGUGUUGUUCCUAUAAAUACAUUCAUCAGUGUUUUAACGACUCAUUUUAUUUUGUGUUUCAUUUCAUUUCAUUUUCACUUUGUUAGCUCCGUCUUUCUUUAGAUCUCAGAUCUCUCUGUUUCCAAUGGCUUCCAUCACCACAACCUCCAUGUCCCUCCUCUCCCUCUCCGACCAAUCUAUGGUUUCUUGUGCUAGGAUCUCUGGUCCAAGUUCUGUUUCCCUUUCAAUUAAGGGAAGGAACUUUCCAUCUAUUGCUUUGCAGCCAAAAGGACGUCGGUUUCAUGUUACAUGCGCGGCUAAACCAGAGACUGUGCAGAAGGUGUGUGACAUUGUCAAGAAACAAUUGGCCCUGUCAGAAGAUUCAACUAUUACUGGAGAGUCUAAAUUUACUGCACUCGGAGCUGAUUCUCUUGACACGGUUGAGAUUGUGAUGGGACUUGAGGAGGAAUUUGGCAUUAGUGUGGAAGAAGAAAGUGCUCAGACCAUCACCACCGUUCAAGAAGCUGCUGACAUGAUUGACAAGCUUCUUGAGACCAAGGCUUAAGCUAGCAAAGAGGAGGCCUUACGCGUCUAUGUUGGAGUUUUUUUCUUUUCGUUAUGCGAUCUUCGGUGUUUCAGUUUGAUUGAACUUUCAUGUAACUGCUACAUAUUUUCUGGACCGUAUUAGAAUUACAAUAAUACUAGUUUUGUAGAACUUGUCUCUUUCUUUACCUAUAAAAUGAAAUUUGCUCCUAAAUCACAAGUAUUUGCUGUCA